UGUCACCACAAAGCCUCAAUGCACAAUUCCGGGAGACAUUUGCAGCUGACUUCAGACGAAGCGCAAUUGAUCUACUAUGGGGUAUAUUCAGUUCAUUCUUUUGCUUCUGCAAGUCCAUGCUGUCUUUUGCAACACCGAGAAAAUCAUCUUUCUCGGGCCCAGCGAGGUACAUAUCCCGGUCGAACAUCCGACCCUCGAAGACCUCAAGCUCGAAACUCUCUCCCCCCAACAAUGGUCCCUGAGAACACACAUUCGAGCAGAAUUUCCUACGAAAUCCUCGAAAUAUGGUCAAGCAUCUUGGUAUCUGCUACACGGACUACAAGAAGGCCAAAGAUACGAAGUCCGAGUCUGCUGGGCGGCAACCCAACCUACUGAUUUUCGUCUCGAUGCAUAUACUCUUCAGGCCGUCUUCAACACACCCGAACUAGUCACCUCUCUAGCGCAGUAUUUGGAGGGUCGCCAGCCAGAUCCUGUAGAACUCGAAGACCAAGAACCAGGUAUUACAAAAUGGUCUGCCAAGUCGCUUGAAUCAACCCUUUUCCUGCAAGUUCUUGCCGCUGCAGAUUACUACACUAUGAAUAAGACCUUGAUGGAGCAUGUUCCGCCGGUCUACGCCGAUAUUAUCCUCGAUCCAUACUUCUUGAAUGUUUUCCCACGAUCCUUGGUCCCAACUGCAGUAUACAUUGUACUUCUGGCAAUUGGCAGCUGGUAUUUGGCAAAAUGUAUCAGCAAAUGGUUUCAGACCUUUGCACAACACAGCAACGAUAAGAAAAAGAAAAAGUCUUAGUGUGCUUUAUUCCAUUUGGCCAAAUAUAUCCCAUUAUGAAAACCUACCAUCACUUUUUCGCCUUGCGACCCCAGAAUCCUCCUUAAAUUACCAUCUUUGUUGUCCUCCGUAUUGGUUUGGAGGUGCACCAUAUUGAGGUGGUUGAGGUGCAUUCUGGCCUUGGUACGGAUGGGAGCCGGAGGGGACAGUAGGAGCGCCGCCGUUGUUGCCAUACAAACCACCUGAGUGCUCAGCAUUGUGCAAUCUUUGAAAGUGCUGAUGUUGCGGCUGUGAA